AUGUUGCCUUCAAGAAGAACUUUUGAGGCCGACAAGCAGCAACUGCAGCAGCUCAACGGCCGGCUGGCUCAGUAUCUCUCCAGGACACAGCAACUAGAGCGAGAGAAUGCUCACCUUCUGGCUGAGAUCAAGCAGCUCAGGCAGGCCCAGGUGGCGGAGAGGGAGCCGCGAUACAAGGCCGAAGUACGCGAGAUGAGGCGGGCGAUGGAGAGGGUGGCGCUGGAGAGGUCCCGUACCGAGAUGGAGCGCGAGAGGCUGUGCAGGGAGUUGGAAGAGGUGCGCUUGCUGUGCCACCAGCAAAGCGACGCGUGCCGAAACAUCGGCGGGGAGCUGAACGGCCGCGAGAAGGAACUGAGGGCGGCACAGCACAACAACGCCUUACUUGAGCAAAGGUUGAUUGAUCUCCAGCGGGAGUACACCUUCUUAGAGGAGACGCACCGGCAGCAGAUGGCACAGCUCAGACGACAGGCGGACUCCCAGGUGGUCACACAGAGUUACGGUGGGCCUCCUGCAGCUUCCAUUGAGGAGGUGCAAGAGUACGCCCGCGGGAUGUCCGAUGGCUGGGUGCAGACUAUUGAGAUGUACCAACAAAAGGUGGAGGAGAUGGAGCGGGCCAUCCAGGAAGACCAUGCCAUGCUGGGUGAGCUGCAAAGGGAAAAAAUGCUGCAAACCACAGAGUUAAACAGAUUACGCACAGAUGCAGAGAAACAAGGUCAGCUUCAAAUGCGCCUGGAAGAGCAACUGCUGCACCUGCAGGAGAAAUUCAGUCAAGAUGAGGGCGAGUAUCAGAUGAUUAUCAACCAACUAGAACAGGAAAGGAACGCCAUGGCUGAGUCAAUCACACAGAGGAUGCAGGACCAUCAGCAUCUGCUGAAGGUCAAGAUGGACCUAGGCAUGGAGGUGGCGGCCUACAGAGCGCUCUUGGAAGGUGAGAGAGUUGGGCUUCAAGACACCCACAGAAGAAUGAAUGAACUCCAGAGAGAGCGGAUCAUAGAUAUUAAGAUGCCCGGUCAAACCUACAUUCCGAGAACUUCCACCACAAGCAGACCGCGUAUGGACAUCAGGUUUACACCAUCAACAUCUAAUAUAAGAAGAACACCUGCAGCUUCCGCAGGGUCUAGAAGCUCCUCCAGGGUUGUUCCAAUUUCGCUUGCCAGCAGAGCUCAGCAUCAGAGUCCUGCCUCCAGAAGAGAUAUGAUCUCUUUCACCAAAGCCCAGGCUGCCACUUCUUCCUCUGUUCCUAAGGAAAAAGUAUUGGUUCAGAGUGAGCCACGAAGCCCCAAAUCUGCAAAGAAAACAAACAAGAUGGAACAUGUCACAAAAGUAGAAAACCAAAGCAGUGCAGUCAAAUACUCUUCUGAGACCAUGUCAGGUAGAGUGCUGUCACCACUAAAACCAGAGAUAGAAAGUACCGUGAAAGGGGCAGAUGAACCAGAUAAAACAACUCCACAUGAAGGUGAGUUCACAAAUGAAUGCAAAACCAAAUCCACUAUUGAGCAAACGGAGAAAAAGACUUUAGACAGUGUGUCUGUUGAAGAGAUCAUCGAGAAGGUGAUUAAACCGUCUGGUUUGGAAGCCCAGGUUUGCUCCACUGGAGAGUCAAAAAUAACGUAUCAUGUGGAGAAAACUGAACAGGGGGAUGGUUCGAUGAAGACUCAGAUUGUGUUGCAGUCCAAGGUGGAGGAAGAAGUGGACAUAUCAGAGGACUCUGCCCUGGAUCAGCUGCUGAACCAAGGGGUGAAGAAGGUAUCUCUGGAGGACAUUGAGGACACAGCGACGGGAAGUAUGAUCAAGGACCUGCUGAGUGGCUUGCAAGGAGAAGCAAAUCUGCAAAACAAGUCUGUCAAUGUGGAGAUCAUUGAACAGCCGGUGGAGUAUGAUGAAGAAGGUGAUGAGAAGUACAGACCUGAUUUUUAUGAGCCCUCCACAUAUUUCCAAAUUGAUGAGAUGAAAGAAGACCAAGAUUCACAGGUUGAGAAGAGCAGUGAUGCUGCCUUUAAAAGAUCCAGCGGUGGGUCUGUUCAGGUUCAGCAGGAGAGUGAGUCUUUAUAUUUUACCCACGAUCAAGAGCCCUCUGAGUAUUUUGUUUCCACACCAGACGAUAAUCUCUCUGAACACGAGGAGGGCUGCGGCAUAACCUCAUAUGGUCAUUAUGGCAUGGUAGAUGACUUGUCUGAUGAGAGAUAUUAUCAAGAUGAUAGGUUUCCACAAACCAGAACCAUUGUUGAGGAAAAUGACGAGUACAGGUUUAUGUCAGACAGGCCCUUUCUCAAAGAGAGCAUUCCUGAGUGCAUCAUUGAAGAAGAGAUCCGUGUUUCGCCUAUAGUGCAGGAGUCAAUGCUUGAGUUCUUGCGAGAGGACUCAUUGGAGCCCAAGGAUCAGCUGAGAGGAGCUUUGGAGAAGUUACAAGGCUCCGUGUCAGGCCCACUGAGGGAGGAGUUGGCUUUCCUCACUAAAGUUAGCAGUGAAAAUCCACAGAACGUGGCCAUUGACAUCAAGAAAGUGAAGCAGUCUGGUGAUAGUGGAACCACAACCAUUGUUGCUGAGCUGAACGUCUCUCAAACACUGGAGGACUCAGGACUACUGGACAAUGAUGACUUAUCAGAGGAGCAGAUCAUGGCCGCCCUAAGGUCUUCCAAAUUUGGGAGCACCUUGCAGGCUGAAGCUGGAGAAGGAUACAGCUUCAAAAUCUCCAAAGAACAACACGUGAUGCUCGGGGAUGACUUUGCAAGGGAAGGCGAGCCAUCUUUAUCCCAUGCCAUUCAGAUGGCGGGACACAGCAGCCAUACUGGUGGUAGCUCAGAUCAAGAGUGA